UCACGGCUCGUCAAAAAAAACGUGCAGCUCUGCGCUGGUGCAGCUGCGUACAGUCGCGCCCGGGCGUCUCAUCAGAGUUGUAUUUUAAUCGACAAGAGGCAUCGCCAAAGUUGGAUUUUCGCUCGCGCCAAGACCUGUCGUUUAACAUACCACCAAAGUGUUCACCAAGAAUAAUCCAGCGGCGAUCAUGACUCGAGCAAAAAUUGAAUUAGGGGAUGUCACGCCACAUAAUAUCAAACAACUGAAAUUGUUGAACCAAGUUGUUUUCCCAGUGUCUUACAAUGAAAAAUUUUACAAAGAUGUUUUGGAAGCAGGAGAGCUGGCAAAACUAGCUUACUACAAUGAUAUUGUGGUUGGAGCAGUUUGCUGCAGGGUGGAUACAUCAGAAAACUCUCGCCGAUUGUACAUAAUGACUUUGGGCUGUUUGUAUCCAUACCGUAGACUAGGAAUCGGAACUGUUAUGGUGCAGCAUGUACUAAAUUAUGUCGAGAAGGAUGGCAACUUUGAUUCUAUUUUUCUGCACGUCCAAGUAAACAACGAAGGUGCUAUUGACUUUUAUAAAAAAUUCGGCUUCGAGAUCGUCGAAACAAAAAAACAUUAUUACAAGAGAAUCGAGCCUGCGGACGCUCACGUUCUACAGAAGACAUUACGACCAUCUCAACAAGUUGCUGCCCAGAUCUGUCGCAGCGUAAGCCUUUAGACAACGCAUCAUGAAACCAAAUGGAAGUAUGGGGUCGCCGAGGCACAAAAGUCGAGCUGCUGAUGGAGUGAAUUCUGCGAGUGUUGGUACGUAGGCCAUAA